CAGUCCAACAUGAUUCUUAGUCAAAAAGAUGGCAUAACCGUUCGAGUUAUGAAGGAGGACGACUAUCCAAGAGUGAAAACCUUCAUGACGGACUACUUUCACUACGACGAGCCCAUGGGAAUGGGCCUCGAGGAGCCCAUUCACCUGCAGCACGAGGAGGAAGUGGAUAGGCAAUACCUGGCGGUGAUCAGACAGGGACUGUCCAUAGUGGCGCUGGACGAUAACAACGGGGGACUACUGGUUGGCAUUGCCGUGGCGGAGACGAUGGAUCCCAUCGAAAUGGCCAAGCAGCACAAGGAAGCCCAGGAAAUGGAACCAAAUGCCUUGGGUCGCAGCAGGAAAUUAAUAGCCAAAGUGGAGCGCGAAGCCAAUAUAUUCGAACGAUACGGAGUCUCCUCCUACCUGAGUCUACUGGUCCUCUCCGUCCACUCCUCUAUGAGGCAAAGGGGUGUCUUGCUCAUAAUUUCCAGUUGUCUUUUUAAAUUGGGUCGCCUCCGAGGACUCCCUCUGUUCAUCGGCAGCGGCACCAAUUACUACUCCACCCGGUCGGCGAUGAAAGCGGGAUGUGAGUGCAUCCAUGCACUGGCCUAUGCUGACUACACGGACGAACAGGGUCGACCUAUAUAUAAUCCACCAGCGCCACAUACCCACAUUCGGGUCUUGGCCUCAAAACUUUGAUUAAUUAGUACUAAUUCGCAAAUCUAUUAAGUAAUAAACAGGGGUUUUUCCUUAUAACUCAACAACCUUUGGACUUGACAUUUGAUAGAGACCCCACAGUUGAAAAAGCGUGUUCAGAUGGAUCUAUAAAGUAAUAAAAUGUCAGCACAGAUUGUGUUGAUUAUGAAUUUAUCAAGUACAAAAAAAACACUUUCUAUUGGUAUGUA